GUCAACGUGGGAGAUAAAUGUGUUUAUUUUGAACCUGUCUGGAGUUUCUUCUACGGGAAUAUGUUCCUCAAUUUAUUUUGUUUCAAAUAAUGAUUGUGAGAGUUUCGGUGAAACCUGUCUUACCAUGAUGCCAAGGGACAGUCAGUCCAAAACGGCAGCAAUCGCCGCGGUCGCGACGGUUGGAAACUGUCAAAACUGCUCUGUUUUGCACCAGAGCCUGACCGAGUACGUUUCGUCAUUUCUGGCUCUGAAGCAGAGGGUAGCGGUUUCGGAUGACGCAAUUGGGCUUCAACAACAGCUGGAAGAGCUGCAGAUCAGAUUGGUUACUCUGGAGAAAAGGACGGCAGAUUAUGAAAUUUUGCAAGCAGAACUUGAGGAAAAGAAGGGUGCCCUUAAGACCUUUGGGCAGAUGUCUGAAGAAAUGGAACAACUGAAGCAGGAACAUAGCAAGAUGAUAGCAGAGAAUGAGAAGCUUGAACACCAUCUUAAGGAUGUGAAAGAACUGACAGAAACACAGACACUUGAGAAUGCUCAGUUGAAGAGGGAAAAGGCUGGAGUAGAAAAUGAUCUGCUGAAAAUACAGACAUCUUUGAAGAUAUCUCAGGCACAAGCAGAUCAAGUUGAAAGAUUGAUAGAGGAGAACGCCAAGACAGCAAGCAUAAAGGGAAGCCUUGAGAAUAAAGUUAGGCUGCUUGAAGACUCGCUUUGCAAACAGAAUCAUCAAAUAUCCCAUCUGACCAAAGAGAAGAUCUUGCUAGAGAGGAAUAUUGAUGACCUCCAGGUGAGAAUGAUGAAACUGGAAAGAGAACGGUGCAAAGAUUAUAGGAGUACAUCAACUCAAGCAACUGCACCAAAGGAGCCUAAAGUAGACAAAGAAAAGUUCCAAAUGCUGCUACAGAAUUUAUGGUCAUGUGUGGAACCUCAGCUGCAACACACUGCAAACCUGAUACAUUACCAAACAUCUCCUGAGUCCAGAUCCAAGGAGGUUCUACCCAGCUCCCCACAAAACAGACUGCACUCUCCUCUGCAGAACACAUCCCAGUCACCCGCUCAUAAAAUCAGUCAAUCCCACAGUUCCCCUGUGCAAACAAAAGCCAUUUUUACACUUUUGAAAAACUCUCCUCAUAGGCAGAAAGCCACUAAGCAUCAACCAUCGCUGCAGUCACCAAGUGCCAAAAAACAAAAAAACACACCCAAAAGGAGCAAGUCAAAGGAACACAAAGCUGAGGAGUCAUCUACUGACUUUGGAAGCUCAGAAGUUUCUUUGGGGCAGAUACUGGCAUUGUUCAAACCAAUGCUUCCCUGCAUUUCACCUAUACCAGAUGAGGUGGAAAAUCAGGAUGCAGAAAUGGAAUCUAUGGAGACAACAGAUGGGGAAAAGGAAAACCAUCCCCAAAUCUCUGACGACUCUGUUCCUUUUCAACAAGAAGAGUCCUUAGUCAUCACAACAUCAGUAACAAGCCCUUGUCCAAAACCUUUUGCACUAUCGAGAGAGGAGAAGGAAGAGUUGCCAGCGGUUACAAGACAGGAAGUGGAACACAUUCCCAAUGAAAAUGAAUCCAAAGACUCGGGACAAAACAUGUUGAGUGGCGUUACUGAAAUGAAGGUCCAAAGCAGCACAAACGGAAAAGAAUUGCAGAAUGAGCAUGAGCCCUCAGCUGUACUGUUAUCAACAGCUGCUUCUUCUACCUCUUUAUCUUCUGCUUCUGCUUCUGCUUCUUCUACUUCUUUAUCUUGUGCUUCUUCGUCUUCUUCUACAUCACUCUUAGCAGUUUUGGUUGAGGAUGCCUUGUUGGCUACUGAAAGUAGUGAGCAAUCCUGCAGUGGUGCCAAUGGUAUCUCUGAAAUUGAAAAUGCGCCAGAAAAUGCAAAGGAAGAUCAGUCAGAUGAAGAUGAAGAGAUGGAGGUCGACACAAACCCUGGUGAUCUUGCUGAUGCUAAAACAGUCACUCCUGAGGUUAUACAGUCACCCAGAAGGAUGGAUACAACUGUAAUCUCUGAAGAAACAGGAAAUGUUCAGCCAGUUACUUCCUCAGUUACCUCCUCAAUAAUCAUUGACUCUGUGAGAGUUACUGAGGUAACAAAUACAGAAAAGAGUUCGGAACUGGGAAAAAGUCCCCAGGACUCCAUUGGUCUUGGACAGGGCCGUCAAGAUGUCUUUACACCCCAGGAUAAUAAAGGCUGUGUGGGCCAUGACACAGACAUUCCAGACGAUAAACCCUGUUUGUCUAUCAGCGGUGAUGGCCUCAGUACUGCCAAAGGUAAAAAUGUUAAAGAAAUGCUUGAAAACGAUGCGCCCAUUAAACCUCUUGGGGAGGAAGAUGGAAAUGAAGCACAAGGAACUGGUGGGGUCAAUAUUGAAGCUUCUCUCUCCGAGUCAAAUGGUGAUAAUAGAUCUCUGUCUCCUCCAUUGUUGAAGAUGGAAGAUAAAAAAUCCCAUGCUGACCAAGACACUUGUCAGGCAAAUGUUGCAACUACUGCAGAAAAGGGUGUUGACAUUGACAACCCUGAAAAACUAGCAGAUCAAGGCUCUCCCCUUUCUAACUUAAAAUAUUCUGUUAAAGAUAAUACACAUUCUUUGUGCAGGCGAUUGAGUCCUUCAUGUCUGUUACCCACUUUAGAAUUACAGGCUUUGGACCCAAAACCAGAAACCAAGAUAACAACAAACAAAGUAACUGUAGCACUUCCAGACAGCAAAGACGCAAGUAAACUUAAAGUGGAAACAGAUAUUUGUCCCAUUGUUAGAUCUACUCUAUCAUUAAAAAGUGAUACUAGCACAAAUAAAUGUACAAAAGUUCUUGAAAAUCAAAACCCAAUAUUGAUCCGAGAGGAAAAAUGUAGCCCAGUGGAAUGUUCCACUACGGCUCAGUCACCAGAAUGCAUAGGCCAAGUUCGCUCUGCGAUGGGCCCUCCGCUUCCUCGUAUCCUAACACCUCUGAGCACACCUCCAAAGGCAGGCAAAUCAAUCAAUCCAAGGCAGGCUAUUGGUAAACUCUCAUUUCCCUCACCCAUGGAAAGAUCUGUUUCGCCUUCCACUCCUGUCCAGGCGCAUUUGACUCCUAACAGCCUACAGCUGAGAUCGUCUGCACUAAACAGUCCACUCCCUCCGAAUGGAGUCCCCUCGUCUCCGCUACAGUUUGGUUCUGCGACUCCAAAACAUGCCGUGCCGGUCCCAGGCCGCUUACCCUCUUCAGCAAUGAAUUCAUCACCGUCGUCUUCCUCCAGUCCAUCUCAAGAGAACUCCAUGAGGAUCCUUGACACCAUGUACCCGGAGCUCUCUGCCCAUGCCCGAACUCUGAGCAUUCUCCGGGGGAACGUCGGGCUCAGCAUGUGUUCAUCAGAGAGUGGGACGUUACCCACAACAACCAACAGUCAGACAUCUUGUUUUAAGACUAUUAAUUCAACUCCGACGGCCUUCACCAAGACUGAGAUGAGAAGAGAAAAAAGACCGGCCAUCAGUUUGCCUCAACCUAAAAGCAGUAAAUGUCUCAGGCUAGAUAACUGCUCUCCUACCCUUAGCCACAAGCAGAUGCCUUCCUCUUUCUCCAACAUUGGAGAGGAGGCCACCUCAGCCCAGACUCUGACGAGUCAACAGUGCAAACUAAAGACCGCUUUACCAUCCGUGGAAGGUGGAGAACAUGCAGAGCAAAAUCUUAUAGCUCACUUUUUAAAGAAGAUUGAAAACCAGUUUUUCGAUCUACUGCCUGUAGUCCAGAGCCACUUGUAUGUUGGUACCAUGCCCAAAAAGCCUGUCUUGAGAGAUGAAGAGAAAGAGGUCAUCUCUGAGAUCUGCCAAAAUAACUUGCUUAAGACGGAUGACAUGAUUUUGGCCAUCCUGGAAAAGCUGAAAGAAGGAAAAAAAUAUCUGAGCAGUAACUACAUACAGGCCCUCUGUAGAGUCCACACAGGGAUCUGUAGACAGACAAGAGACUGGCAGAAAGCUCACAUUCUGGCACACAGCCUUCUCACAGAAGAUUUUACAGACUGUGCUAAAAUGAUUUUGUUCAUGGUGAUAACAUGGCCCAAAGUACUCUCACACAGUAGUUCUCUGUGCCAGGCUAUACAUACUGUCACCAAACUGAAAGCAGAAGAAAACCUCCUUGGCUGCCUUUCAGCAUUCCUUGGUUGGGAGAAGAGUCCUCCCUGUGACAUUGACACCCUGAUCUCCAGAACGCUGUCUGAUAUUCAUUCAGGGUCAGGCAUGUCUUUCACUAAACACAGUCGCUACGGGCAUGACCUGGGGACUGAGGCCUGGCAGCAUGUCUUAACUCUGAAACUGCUCUGUUCACACAAGAAGUGGAAGUGGACCUAUGAUCAUUUAUUGGGUAAGGAAUUGUGGCCACUCAUGAACACCUGGGUGACACAGCCCAGAGAUAAACAAACUCCCGUCUCUGAUGUGACCGUCGCCACUGUAAUUCGACUCAUUGGAUGCCUCGGUCAACUUGGAAUGAAAGAGAGGAGUUCUUCCUCUGUGGUAAUAGUAGCCAAGGUCAUGAACGCAUUUGGAAGGCACGGUCAGACUGAAGGUGUGCCAUGGGAGGUCCAGUUGGCCGCCAUCUAUUGCAUCUACGACCUGUCUCCCUGCAACCCGAAACAAGCCAUGGAUGCCCUGGCAGGGUGGAGAGGAGAAACGUCUCAGAGCGUCCCUCCUGCGGUCACCAGCUGCAUUAACCAGUUAGCUUCUAUCUGCAGACAUAUCAAGAGCUGAGAGAGACAUAUUCUAUACAAAUCCACAUGAACUUGCUUGUCAGUUUGUACCUUUUUCUUUUAAUGAAAAAAUUUCAACUAUGCACCUACAUUUUUAUUUUACUAGCUUACUGGCAGCCUAUGUUAGAGCUGUUUACCAUUUGGGCACAUGCAUGUUCACAAAUUGGUUUGGUGCUACUACUUAAAUUCAAAUAUGCUGUGAAAGACAGUCCAGACAAAUGCUUUAGUUUGUGUUUUGUAUGUGCACUUCUACCUAAAAAUAAAUACAUUUAAAUGUACUUUAAUUUCCUAGCAAAUGUUUCCUCAAUGUUUAGUGUUGGAGACAUUUAACAUGUUUGUUUCCUCAAAUUUUAAACUGUACACACCCUGUAAUAAAUGUACUGGCAUGAAUUGCUGCAUUUAGUUUUUGCUGUACUCAGGUAUUGUUUUAAAAAAAUGUAAAAUAUGUGCAUGGGCUCUGGUUAAACUGGGGCACAGUUUCACAUGUUUUUCUUCAUUAUGCAUUUGUAAAUAUGAGGAUUUGAUGUUUGUUUGAAUGAAAGGUACAAUUGCGACUGUAAAUGUUCUGUACAGUUUGAAGUUUCAGAGGUUAUUUAACUUUUUCAAAUAAAAAAAUCAACAUAUUGAACAUAAA